AUGACACUUGGGAGCUCGGAGAAAAUAUCGAAUGCACUUAUACAACUACAGAGACGUCUGAAGAAGGAGUUGAAAGCUGAGAUCAAGAAAGGGAUUCGCCAAGAAAAGACGUCUGUUGUUGGUGGAAGCAGUACUUUCACCAAUCAUGACCCUAGCAAUGCGCGAAGAAAGACUGAGAUAGAGCGGAUGAGAAUGAACUACAAUCUUGACGAAGCACGGUCAUACCUGGACAAGAAAGACCAGGACAAACACUACAAGGAACUCAAACCAGAAGCCAAGAGAGACUGCUUCUAUAUGUUAGCUCUAACUCUACACAUGUCCCAUCCCAACCCCAGUGAAACAAAUUGGUUCAAUUUUGGCUUUUGCACCGGUUACGACGAAGGCGAGGAAGGGGCUCUCAGGGAACUGUACAAAAGACUCCUCAUCGGAGACAAACUAUUUAAUGACGUCCCAGGCCCCAUCCCCCGGAUGAAAAAUAUACAAAAAGCCACAUUCACGGAGUUCUGGAAAGCCUAUGAAUCAGGAACAAUGAUCCAACUGAUGGACUUGAAGGGCUUCCGACGCGAACGGCUCCAAUUCCCCUUUCUGGAAGAGUUCUUCUCAAGUCCACCCUUUGACAUCGGGGAGAAAACCGAGCAGCGCAGCUGA